GGAUUUCAUGAAAACAAUCAUCACAUCCAUGAUAUCGGCAGAAUCACUGACAACAUAUUUUGGCUGACACCGUACAAAUAGAUUCCCUUCAACACCAUAGAGACAACUGCACUACUAAACACCCGCAAAAUGGUUCAUAGUCGCAAAAUUAUGAGSUCUAUAUGCAUUGUUGUUAUGCAUUCAUUUUCAUUUUCCUUUGUUUGGGUGUUUGCGUUUCCGCUGAGAAAUAAUAAGACACAUAGACCGCUAGUACAAUUAGAUUUUCCAUCACAGUUAUGCGCGUGGACGAGUCCAGAAGAUACCAAUAUAUCAUCUUUGACAUCAGACGCAACGAAAUCGGACAGAAAUCCCGGAUUUCGUCGGGAAUUCUCUGCGGACUUUCAAUCUGAGUUUGAGGAAUUAAUGCAUUGGCGUCGAGAUGUGCGCCGAUUCCAAAAGGAAAAGGAAGUGGACGAAGACAUUCUUAACCGAGCUCUGUUAUCUGCCUUCCAUUCUGCACCGAGCGUUGGUUUGUCAGAACCGUGGCGCAUCGUACGUGUCAACAGCGAGGAAUCACGAUUGGCAGCAUUUACCAACUUCCAGGAACAAAACACAAAGGCCCUGGAGGGAUACGAAGGCGACAAAAAGCAAAAAUAUGCAUCACUCAAAUUGUCUGGGAUGAAGGAAGCGCCAGUCCACCUUGCUAUUUAUUGUGACGAUGGAACAAUCAAGGGAUCGGGAUUAGGGGCACAGUCGAUGCCUGAAAUGAGACGGUAUUCGGUCGUUUCCGCCAUCACCUUAUUUUGGCUUGCCGCGAGGUGCGUCGGUCUUGGCGUUGGAUGGGUAUCAAUCCUCGAUCCAGUACGUUUGACCAAAGACCUUGGAGUUUCGUCAGAUUGGACAUUGGUGGGAUAUCUGUGUGUCGGUUGGCCGGAGGAAGAUAACAGCACACCAGAACUGGAACGGCAUGAGUGGGAAAAUCGCACCGGUAUCAACGACUUGGUCAUAGUUUCGGCAUGAUGGCUCAAUGAUAGAAGGAAUCCACACAUUUGUAGCUAAGAAUUUUCUCGAAGUCUUUGUCAGUUCGUCUAAAAAGAAUCAAUUUUUUUCUGCCAACCUAGAUUUUGAGAAAUACUGUAGCAGAGUUGGGCCUCAGAGAAGGUUCUUUUCUUUAUACACCAAGUACUUGAACUGAUUUUUUGGUGUGCAGAGUUGGUGACUACAAUGUUACAGUAUUGUUAAUUGGUCAAUAGGUAAGAGUUUGGCAUCAGGGGUUGACUUCAAAAAUUUUAUGACUCUGACAUGGAUCUGGGACUUAUUUCCGAAAAUGUUCCUGAGCAUUAGUAAACAUAACUAUUGGAA